GCGCCUGCGCGGUGGGGAGCUGCUCGCAGCUCCCACUCGGCUUUGGGCUGGCUGCAGUCUCAGUUUGAGGGCGGCCGAAGUGGCUGGCUCGAUUAAGAUGAGGUUUCUGCUAGUUCUCCUGGUGGCGGCGUCGGCGGUGAGCCGGAGCGAUGCCUCGGCCAACCUGGGCGGCGUGCCUAGCAAAAGAUUAAAGAUGCAGUACGCCACGGGGCCGCUGCUCAAGUUCCAGAUUUGUGUUUCCUGAGGUUAUAGGCGGGUGUUUGAGGAGUACAUGCGGGUUAUAAGCCAGCGGUACCCAGACAUCCGCAUUGAAGGAGAAAAUUACCUUCCUCAACCCAUAUAUAGACACAUAGCAUCUUUCCUGUCAGUCUUCAAACUAGUAUUAAUAGGCUUAAUAAUUGUUGGCAAGGAUCCUUUUGCUUUCUUUGGCAUGCAAGCUCCUAGCAUCUGGCAGUGGGGCCAAGAAAAUAAGGUCUAUGCAUGUAUGAUGGUUUUCUUCUUGAGCAACAUGAUUGAGAACCAGUGUAUGUCAACAGGUGCAUUUGAGAUAACUUUGAAUGAUGUGCCUGUGUGGUCCAAGCUAGAAUCUGGUCACCUCCCAUCCAUGCAACAGCUUGUUCAAAUUCUUGACAAUGAAAUGAAGCUCAAUGUGCAUAUGGAUUCAAUCCCACAUCAUCGAUCAUAGCCCCACCUAUCAGCACUGUAAACUCUUUUACAUUAAGGGAUUUUUUGCAAGAGCAGCGUGACUGACAUUAUGAAGGCCUGUACUGAAGACAGCAAGCUGUUAGUACAGACCAGAUGCUUUUUGGCAGGCUCGUUGUACCUCUUGAAAAACCUCAAUGCAAGACAGUUUCUCAGUGCUGGCACAUUCUGGAAUUCUGCACAUUCGUGGAGUGCAAUAAUACUGUAUAGCUUUUUUUUCUUCCCCAAAUCCACUCAGUUAACAGUUUUUAAAAAAUGUAGACAUUACCACUUGUACCUUUUUUUCCUUAGUCACAUUUGGAAAAGUAGAAAAUUGAGUUACAAUUUGACUUUCUUUUCAAAGAUGUCUGUUAAAUCUGUUGUGAUUUUGUAUGAAUUUUCCUUUUUUAUAGUUUAAAAUUGAUCUUUUUGGGAAGCUGAAGUUCCCAAAUACUUGAUAAGAGUUUAUCAGGCAUCUUUAAUUUGGUCAUGUCCAAUUUAUAUAGUUUUCAAAAUACUGCAGAUUGUGAACAGUGCAUUAUACGAGAUUAUGGGGGGAAAUCGUAUAUCCAGAGUACUCUACCAAUUUGUGUGUAUGUGCGUGUGUGCGUGUGUGAUUACCAGAGAAUUACUAAAAGACCAACUGCUUUUUAAAUACUGUUAUGUAGUUCAAGUGUCUUGCCUUGACCAAUCUAAUGAGUUGAUUAACUGGGCCUUUAUACUUAACUCAAUAAAAAACUAAGCAGAUGUAAGUUAAAUAAAAAGUUUGAAUUUAUUGCCCAGCGUACCUAUUAACAUUAUAUUUAAAAGUUGUCUUCCUCAAUUUUUGUUUUUGACUUACAGAUAAUUUCAUAAGGAACAUACUUUAGUUUUGCACACAAAUAAUAAUCAUUUACCAUUUUUAGGAUAAUUGAAACUCAGUUCCUUUGAAAGUUCAGUUAAACCUCUUUACAUUAAUUUUAAGUAAUAGAAAUGACUUGUCUAAUAAUUUAACUUAUUUAACAUCAUAUAUCAGAAUUUUAUUAUAUUUAAGGAACAAAAUUGAGAAGUUUUUUAUUCAGUGAAUUUAAUAUCUUUUUAGAGUUCUAAAAAGAUAGUUUUUUUUAUGCAAAAAACUUAAACUGCUGGACUAUAAAGGUAAUUUAACAGAAAUAGGAUCAUAAUAUAGAAAAUUAGUCAUAUAUCAACAGUCUUAACAUAUUUUAGCUUCCAUAUGGGAAUAGAAGUGGUAGGUCUAGAUUUGUUGCUGGAAAUAAAGGGAUUUGAGGAAAAAUUAUGAGAUAAUUCAAUAUUUGGUCUACCAAACACUUAGCACAACCUUAUACUUCAUUUAUUGCUGAAUAUUUGUUGAAUUACUGCCUGGUAAUCAUCAUGAUUUUAUAGCCUCAAGGUGGAACAUACUGUAAUCUCUAGCUAACAGGAAAGUAGUCUGAUAAUUCACUGCAGAAAGUUGAUUUAGUGAUUUCGUCUUUUAAUUAAGACUGCAGAACUGUUAACCUAAGUUGAUUCAGUGGCAAGAGUCAAUAGAGGUUAAGCUGGAAGUUACUUAGAGGUCAUUAUUCAGGCAUAAUAUUUUAUCUUUGACUAGCCUUGGUAAAGGCGAAUCUGGCUUAAAGCCUCGUUACCUUCUUUUGUAGCAGCCCGAACGUCUGUCUUCUGCAAGUUGAACACAGUGCUCAGUGUAUGUAGGGCCCUUCUUCAACUGAUGGCCAUUCCGUUAAUGGCAAAUGAACCAUUUCACAUUUAGACCUUCCAAACUCUAGCCUUGGAUGUUCCCAUGUAUCUGACAGGUCAACCCGUAAACUUAAGAUUAAAUUCUAACUUUUUUCAUGUGUCUUGGGUGAAUAACUUAUCUUUGGAGAAUAGCUUUAAGUGGCUUAGACACUGAUAAAACCCAGUGUGUUAUUUUUUUGACACUCAUCUCAAUAUUGUUUUAUCUUUGACCCUAUUUAAAUCUAGGAUUUAAUAGAGUCUAGUGAAAAAAUUAGUGGGAAGCAUGCAUAUAAACAAGGAAAAGGGGAAGGUUAAAAAGAAACUAUUUAGAAUUAGUUUUAUUAUAUUUCUAACAUUUCAGAAUUUAUUAGUUGCUUACAAAUUGGUGUGCCUAUGUUGUUUAUAAAUGUUUAUGUACUAUAUUAAGUAGAAGACCAUAGAACAUUAUAGCAGGUUGGCUAAUGUUAUUGGGGUUUUUACCACAGUUGCUGUUGUGGAAGAAAUUACUUGUUAGAUUAAUAAAAAAAUGUUGGCAAAA